GAUACAAUCAACAAAUUGGAGAACGAGCUGCGCACCACGAAGAGCGAGAUGGCUCGGUACCUGAAGGAGUAUCAGGACCUGCUCAAUGUGAAAAUGGCCCUGGACAUCGAAAUUGCAGCAUAUAGAAAACUGCUGGAAGGUGAAGAGACCCGACUCAGUUUCACUAGUGUUGGAAGCAUCACCAGUGGCUACACCCAGACUGCCCCAACCUUUGGCAGGUCUGCCUACAGUGGCCUCCAGUCCAGUUCCUACCUGAUGACAACCCGUACCUUCCCCACGUACUACUCCAGUCAUGUCCAGGAAGAGCAGAUUGAAAUAGAGGAAACAAUUGAGGCUGCUAAGGUGGCAGAAGCCAAGGCAGCCCCAGGAGAAGAAGGUGAGGAGGAAGAGAAAGAGGAAGGUGAGGAAGAAGCGGGAGGUGAAGAGGCAGAAGAAGAGGAGGAAGGUGCUAAGGAAGAAUCUGAAGAAGCCAAAGAGGGUGAGGAAGAGGAAGGAGAAGGGGAAGAAACAGCAGCUGAAGAAGCAGAGGAGUCUCAGGAAACUGCUGAGGAGACUGGUGAGGAGGAGAAGGAAGAGAAAGAAGCAGCAGGAAAGGAAGAGAGUGAAGUGAAGAAGAAGGCUUGAAAUUUUUUUUAGGCAGUCUAGCUUUCUCAUCAGGUCAACAGGAUAAAUGAUGAUUGACUGAGCUAAAAUUGCAGUCUCACAUAUUUAAUUCAGUGACCAUUGAGGUUUAAAGUUAAUGAUCUAUGAUGUUUCUCUCUGUGCAGAGUAUCAGUUUGCUUGCAGAGCACCCACUGGCUUGCUCCCUGAAUGCCGCAUGGUCUACACGUAUGAAUUCAGGGGUUGUGUCUUUCCUGGGUGAUUUGGAACUUAGCAUUUAAAAUGGGGGGAAAAAAAUAAGUUGUGGGAAUGAAAGUUACCUUUAACUUGCAUUUAAAAUAAUUCUGGAAACCUUGGGUGGGUGAAAUAAAGGAGGCUUCAAUAAGUAUGUGCAAUAAAGCUAGUCAAUAAAGUUACAGAAAUGCUUACACAGA